UAUAUCUCCUCCCUCCUCCAUUCAACGAACCAAGAAAACCCCCCAUCAUUCUCUCUCUCUUGUACCAUAAAACAUCAACAAUUGCUAGAGAUUUCGACGUUCUCCAUGGAUUCCUCUUCAACCCCAACAACCCCCGUUACCAAUCAAUUGAAACCACGUGCCCUCCUUGAAUCCAAACCCAAAGACCAAACACGGCCACCAAUCUCAAUCCAUUCUCCAAACCCUGUCUCUCUCCAUGAUCUUCUCCUCCUAUCUCCACCCCCUUAUCGGAAAUCGAGGCCACGGCCGAAGCCCGUCAAUGUUGAUGAAUGCCUUGAUGCAGCGGCGGCGGCGGCAUCAGCUGCGGUGACUACUCCUAUCAGCAGCCGGAAGAAAGGGAAGAGCAGAGCUGCUGGGGCUUCGCCAAGAAAUGCGAGACGAGCGAGGAGACGAUUAGAAAAGGAGAACGUGAGGGAGGAGAAGGAGCUCGUGCCUUUCGAGGAGGAGGAGGGUGUGAGACUGAGGAAAAAGAGGUCAAGCAGAAGCAAGGUUGCUCACAAUGAGAGAGCGGCCCAGCAGGUGGCUUCACUUCCUCCUUCGAGCCCAUUGCCUGAGAUUUGUGAGAAACAAGCUGAACAGGAUGAGAUCUCUGCAAGUGGAGAUUUGCCAUGGGAGUUGAUCUUGGAGCUUGUUAUGUGGAAGAAUGCAGCAAAAUCUUCGCUUUGGUUUGGACUGGGGACUAUGUUUUUCCUGUCUUCAUGGUUUUCAAAAGAUGUAGAAUUCAGUUGGAUAUCAGCUGUUUCUCAUCUGGGUUUAUUGAUUCUGGGUUUAGCCUUCUUCUACGAUUCUGUUCCACAGAGGCAGCAGCAGAAGCCGAGACGGGAAAAUUUUAAGUUGAAAGAAGAGGACAUCCUGCGUGCUCGGUUUGUUUUGCCAACAGCAAAUGCUGCUCUUUCCAAGAGCCAAGAGAUUUUCUCCGGCGAACCAUUGAUAACUCUCAAAGUGGCUCCUAUUCUUGUCUUCACAGCUAAGUAUGGUCACCAGAUAACCCCAUGCAGACUUUUAACUACUGGAUUUUUCUUGGGCUUCACUCUUCCCAAGCUCUACACAUGCUACUCAGACAAAAUACAGGAAAAAGUUGAGGAAAUGAGAAGUUACGUUUGGUCUGCAUGGAAAUCCUACCCUCGGAAGAGACUUACAGCAGCAUCUACAAUAAUGGUGCUAUGGAAUAUGUUUGGCAUAAAGAUGCGCCUCUUUGCAGCAUUUAUCUCCGUAGUGGUACUUCGUUAUCACCAUCAACAGCAGCAAAUAAGUUGUGCAAGUGCGCACAAAGAUAGCAGAGAAGAAGAGCCACAACAAAGAAGAUGUGAAAAUGCUCAAAAUGACAGCAACGAAGAAGAGCCCCAGCAAGCAAUUGUUGUAGCAGAAUAGGAGCUAAUCACGAACAAGCUUGAGUUUGUAGCGACCUUCCUGAUUGCUAGUUUUGUUACAAUAACCACUUGUACAGUUUCUUUUAAAUUCAUCGUGUCUACUACAAAGUAAGCUCCCUAUGAUCACACAGAUAUGAAGAACCAUUCACCAAUAGCCCCCUUGUAACGUAAUAUCAUCUUUGCUUUUUGAAAAAUAAAUGAAUUGCGGUCUUUUUAA